AUGAUAAACGAAAUAGCUAAAUAAUUGAAAAAUAGAUAAUAAAGUUGCUUCAUCAAAUAGUUUUUGUUUAUUAGGUUAUUUAUUUAAGUAUAUUUUUAGGAAAGUAAGAAAAUAAAUAAAUAUAGAAAAUACUGUUUAUAAAAGGUAGUUUAAGAAAUCAAUUCUUAAAGGUGUUAGAGUAGAUUCUUGUUUAUUUGAUGAAGCUAAUUUGGAGAAAGCUUGA